AUUUGCUUUCGGCUUUGCAAGCUGCAAGCCAUAUUCUUUUGUUACUUAUUUUCGUUUUUGGUUCUCUUGUAAAAAUUUGAAUAAAAGUCUUUUAGUUAAACCGUUAGAGUUUGUGUUGAAUGUGCGUAGGCACGCGUUUGCAUUCCCAGCGGAGUGAAAUAUAAGGCCGUGGGCGCAACAUGAGAUCCAGCAAUUGGCAAAUGCACAACCUAACCUCUCACACAGCAACCGUAUGCAACGGGGUCGGUAACGGGAUCGGCCACGGUAACGGGAGCAACGCAAAUACAUCUUGCAAUUGCUAUAAUGUGCGAAGGCAACGUUAUGGAGGCCACGGGCCAACCCAGCCUCAGUUGUCCGGCCGCCCAAUUUGGUGGUGCCGUUUGGCAAUGUUGCUGCUCAUUUUCUGUGCGCUUGCUGCCUCCGCGUCGGGACCAGCGAACACGCGGUGCAAUGAAGAACAAUUCCAGUGCAGGGACGGUAGCUGCAUCUUACAGGCGAAGAUGUGUGACGGACGAAACGACUGCACCGAUGCCACAGAUGAAUUGGAUUGCGACUACAAGCUGUGCCGGGAGCCCCAUUGGUUCCCGUGCGCCCAGCCACAUGGAGCCUGCCUGGCAGCAGAACUAAAGUGCAACGGCAUCGACAACUGCCCAGGCGGCGAGGAUGAGCUCAAUUGUCCAGUGUCUGCGCGCUUCGCCAGUUACCGCAGGCUUCCGGCGCGCAAUUGCAGCCUCAGCCAGUACAUGUGCCAGCGGGAUCGAAGCUGUAUACCCAUCGAGUUUCAGUGCGACGGCAAGUCAGACUGUGCGGACAGCUCGGACGAGCUGGACGGCUGCAGCACACAAUCUGCGGCCAGCUGCAGCGGCCAUCUCUGCCCCAAUGGUCGCUGCCUGCAGCGUAAGCAGUGGCUUUGCGACGGCGUCGAUGACUGUGGCGAUGGCAGCGAUGAACAUGGCUGUGUGGAUCUCUGCAAGCCGCAGUUGGGUAAGUUCAUGUGCCGCAACAAGGAGCAAUGCCUGCAGCUGGCCCAAGUGUGUAACGGCCACAGUGACUGUAUGGAUGGCAGCGAUGAGUCCGAGACAUGCAACAUCAAGCCUGACUGCAGCAGCAAGACGUGUCCGCCCGCCGCCACCUGUCACAUGAUGCCUGUUGACGGUGCGCAUUGCUAUUGUCCUGCGGGCUUUCGUCUGGCCAAGUUCGGGAACAAGUGCGUGGACAUUGACGAGUGCCAGGAGCGUGAGUCGGAGCUAUGCAGUCAGAGCUGUGAGAACACCUCCGGUGGGUAUCGUUGCCUGUGCGAUCCUGGCUACCAGCUGGCCCGGGACAAUCGCACGUGCCGCGCAACGAUCUCGAAUGCCAGCGAACAUCCCCUGCUGCUGUACACCACACAAAUGAAUGUCAUGGGCAUGCAGCUGGGCAGCGGGCAGCAGCACUGGAGCAGGCAUCACGUUUACCAGGUGGCCGGGAAUCUAAGCAAAGUGAUUGGCGUCGCCUACGAUGGCAGCCACGUCUACUGGACAAACAUUCAGAACGAGGCCGAGAGCAUUGUGAAGGCCAAGUCCGAUGGCAGCCAUUCCGAGAUCCUGCUCACCUCCGGUCUUGACGCCCCCGAGGAUCUGGCCGUGGACUGGCUCACGCAGAAUAUUUACUUUUCGGACAAUGAAAUGCGACACAUUGCCGUCUGCUCGCACGAUGCCCACAACUGUGUGGUGCUCGUCACGGAGGAUGUACACCAGCCGCGCGGACUGGCCCUCUGGCCGCAGCGUGGCCAAAUGUUCUGGACCGAUUGGGGCGUCAAACCCAUGAUUGUGCGCGCCUCCAUGAAUGGUGAGCGUUCCACGCCAAUUGUCAGUGACAACAUACACUGGCCGAACGGCAUCGUCGUGGAUAUGCACCAGCAGAGGAUCUACUGGGUGGACGCCAAGCUGGGCAGUAUCCAGACGGUUCGACCCGACGGCACCGGCCGUCGCACCGUGCUCGAUGGCAUACUGAAGCAUCCGUACGGCCUGGCCGUGUACGAGGAUCAGCUGUACUGGUCGGACUGGGUCACCAAGAGCAUUCAUGCCUGCCACAAGUACUCCGGCAAGCAGCACCGUGUCCUGGCCAAGGAUAGCGCCAUUUAUGCGGUGCACAUCUAUCAUCCGGCCAAGCAGCCGCAGACACCCAAUGCCUGUGCCUCGGCCAGAUGCUCGCACCUGUGCCUGCUGGCCGAGCCGGAGGCGGGCGGCCACAGCUGCGCCUGUCCCGACGGCAUGCUACUGGCGUCCGAUCAGCAGCGCUGCAUGCAGAUGGUCAAAAGGCAGCGACUGUUUGUGGGCGUCGGCCAGUACCUGCUGGAGAUUGAGCACACGGCCUUUGGCCGGCAUGUGGUGAGUGCCAGCCACGCCUUGGACUGUGUCAUCAGCGAGAUGGUGUACAACAGCGUCAAUGGCAGCCUGAUCAUAGCCGACAAUGAGCGCCACAUCAUUGUGGAGUAUCAACCGGAACAGGGACGGGCCCAGGGACAGGGACACGGACAACCACUGCGGACUUUAAUCCGUUCAAAUUUGGGCAAUGUAAGUGCCUUGGCCUUUGAUCACAUCAGCGAGAACCUAUACUGGGCCGAUGCCGAGCGUCGCGUGUUGGAGCUGUUCUCCUUUCACACCCGACACCGCGCCCUCAUCCGGUUCUUUGCCGGCCAGGAGUCACCCAUUGGAUUGAGCGUGAUGCCCGCGGAUGGUUAUCUGUUUGUGGCGCUGAAGGCGCGCAGGCAGAGCUACAUCGAUCGACUGCCACUAAGCGGCAGGGGUACACCGACGCACGUCUUCGAGGAUGAGCUGGGCGAUGAUGACAUCAAGAUGGCCACCGACUACGAGCAUCAUAUGCUGUACUGGUCGGACAGCGAUAUGGGCAUGAUCAAGUACACGAACUAUCGCCAGACGCAGGAGUUGAUGUUCCGCAAUAAGCUGCGUCGUCCCUACAGCCUGGCCCUGGUGCAUCAGGAUCUGUUUUGGAGCGAACUUGGCUCUGCGUCCAUUUACUGGGCCCACAAGAGCAACAUGGGUCCACGAAAGCGCAUCGAUGUGGUGCCAACACGCGGAGACGGCAACGGCGACGGCGACAUGCACGGCCAGUACCCCAUGUCCAUGCGCGGAGCACCCUGGCGUCUCUCCCUGGCGGCCAGUGUCAGCAUCGGGGAGGAGCAGCAGCUGCAUCAGCAGCAGCAUCCCUGUCGGCAGCAGAAUGGCGGCUGUUCGCACAUCUGUGUGGGCGUGGGACGACUGGCAGCCACCUGCCUCUGUCCUGUUGGCUUUGUGUAUCGCGAUGCCAGCAAUCGCACCUGCCUGGAGGCGCUCGACUGUGAGUUCCGUUGCCACAGCAGCGGCGAGUGUCUGACCUUGGCCCAUCGCUGCAACGGCCGGCAGGAUUGUGUGGAUCGUUCCGAUGAGUUGGACUGCGACGAGGGGCAUAAGCCAAGGCCAAAAGUUAUGUGCACUAAUCGCCAGUUUGCCUGCCACAAUGCCGAGGACUGUGUGGAGAAGAACAAGCGUUGCGAUGGCCACAAAGAUUGCCCCGACAAUUCCGAUGAGCUGCAUUGCUCGCAGUUUGAUAAAACCAAAAGCUGCCACGCCCAUCAGCUGGCCUGCGACAAUGGAAAAUGUGUGGACCAGAGCCUCAUGUGCGAUGGCAAAAACGAUUGCGGCGACAACACAGACGAGAAUCCCAGCAAGUGCGACUCACCGGCCAGCUGCGACUUGGGCAUGUUUCAGUGCAGCAGCGGCGCCUGCAUAGCCGGCAGCUGGGAAUGCGAUGGCCAAAUCGAUUGCAGUGACGCCUCCGAUGAGCAUGACAAGUGCGGACAGCGUCAGUGUCCGGCGAAUAUGCACCGCUGCAUGUUGGGCCAGUGCCUGGACAGGCGACUCGUCUGCGAUGGCCACAACGAUUGUGGGGAUAUGACGGAUGAGCUCAAUUGCGGCAUCCAUGACUUGCCGUCCAAGGCGAACCUCUGUGGCAACCUCUAUCAGUGUGCCAGCAAUUUGAAGAUUUGUCUGGAUCCGGCAGUGCGCUGCAACGGCACCGCCGAAUGCCCACGCGGCGAGGAUGAGGCCGAUUGCGGGGACAUGUGCAGCAUCAAUGAGUUCCAGUGCCGCAGCGAAAAGCAGUGCAUACGCAAGGAGUUCCGCUGCGAUCGCGCCAAGGACUGCAGCGAUGGCAGCGAUGAGGAGAACUGCGACAAGAUCCAGAAUCAGACACUUAGCCAGCCCUGGACCGCAGCGAGUCGUGCCUGCCGUCCGCAUCUGUUUGACUGCCACGACGGCGAGUGUGUGGACAUGUCGCGGGUGUGCAACAGCUUUCCCGACUGCCAGAAUGGCAACGAUGAGGGGCCGCUGUGUGCGACAGCCUGCAAGGCCAGCAGCGUCGGCGGGGCACGUCCGGUGUGCCAGCACAAGUGUCGUGCCACGCCAACGGGUGCCGUGUGCUCCUGCUUCGAUGGCUAUCGCCUGGACACGGAUCAGCGCAGCUGUGUGGAUGUGAACGAGUGCCUGGAGGGCAAUCAGCCAUGCGCCCAAAUAUGCGAGAACACCCUCGGUGGCUUUCAGUGUCAGUGCCAUGCGGACUUUAUGCUGCACCAGGAUCGGGUGAGCUGCAAGAGCCUACAGGCUGGCGCCACGCUGCUCUUCAGCAGCUACAACGAGGUGCGCAAUCUCAGCGAGCAGCCGAUGAUGCUGCAGGUGGCCUGGUCGGCCAAUGACUCGCGCAUCGAUGGCUUCGACGUGGACAUGGAACGACAGUUGGGCUACUUCUCCAGCGAGGAGCAAGGCAUCGUCUAUCAAGUGGAUAUGCGGCGGGGUUCCGUAACGCGUGCUCUGGCUGUGCCAUCGCCCACAAAGCUUGCGGUCGACUGGGCCACCGGCAAUGUGUAUGUCCUGGCCGGCGGCAGUGCCGCGCAGGAGAUUUACGCCUGUAGCUUCACCGCCCGCAUGUGCGGACGCAUUCUCCAAGUGAAGACACACAUGCAUCUGCGGCAUCUGGCCAUUGAUGGCUACCAUGGGCGACUCUUCUACAUUGCCAUGCGAUUGGAGGGCUUCGGCCAUGCCAGCGCCGAGGUGCAUGUGGCCCGUCUCGACGGCAGCCACAAGGAGCUGAUGCUGCACAAGAAGGACAGCUAUAUGACGGCCCUGGCACUCGAUCCGCACCAGCAGCAACUCUACUUUCUGGACAUGCACAGCCGCACCCUCGAGAGGAUCAGCUACAGGUCACGCUCCGGUUCGGGGCCACAUCGCAGGCCCGAGAUGAUGGUGCAAAAAUCACCGGCCCUGAAGCAGCCCUCGGGUCUGAGCAUCUACGAGAAUCAGGCCUACAUUGUCAAUCUCGGCUCUAAGGAGGCGGUGCGGUGUCGCCUCUACGGUGAACGCAUCUGCAAGUCCAUCAAUUUGAAUGUGAACAAUGCCCAGGACAUAGUGGUGGCCGGCAAAUCGCGGCAGCCGAUGCCAGCGACAAAUCCGUGCCAGCAUUCGCACUGCCACGGCAUGUGCAUCCUGGCCGACUAUGGGUACGAGUGCAUGUGCGGCAGCCAGCUGGUGGCCGAGGGCGAACAGUGCCCCCAUGGCUCCAGCAGCGAACUGGAGGUGGGCGCAAGCAGGCAGGAUAGGCCCCGGUCAAGUGCCUCCUCCAUCCAAAGGUGGUUGAUGGCCCUCCUGAUGCUUGUGGUUGGCUCGUUGGCAGUCGGACUUGGGUACAUGUACUUUCGGUGGCGGCAGCGCGGCCACACGGAUCUCAACAUUAACCUCCAUUUCCAGAAUCCAUUGUCGACAAUCGGCAGCAAAGCGUUCAUCGAUCACGAAAGGAAUGAAGCCAGCGUCGGCAUCAAUGGCAACGGGAUGGAUGGGAUGGCUUCCAGCCACAGCCACAGCAGCAGUGAGACAGGCACCACCAGCGCCUCGUCCUCCUUUGCGGCUCAGCAAUUUGGCAUGCCGAAUGUUCUCCAGCGAAUGCUACGACCAAAACAGACGUCCAGCUCACAGAUGGCUACCGAAAUGCUUCUCAAAAACUCAAGACAGGCAAGCGAACUAUACACGCUGGACAAUGGACGGAAAUCAGCAGGAGGAGGAGGCGGACGGGUGCAGGACAUCCUGGUGGCAGACAUUGACGAUGAUGCCGCCACAGGCGGAUCAUUCGGGGGAGGCUACGCAGGCGAUGAUGCGAAUGCACGACUUGUUCCGUAAAUAAUCUGCCGCAUAUCCUGUUCCAACUAAUUUAUAAGCUGUCAAAUGCCAGCCAACACAGUCUCGUAUGUAUUCUACCUAUUUAUGUAUCUAUUUUUGUAUAAUGUUAAGCUCAAUGUUAAUGUAUUGCCCGCCAGUGAGUGUACCUCAAAUUGUAAAUGUAAAAUGUAAGAAUAUAAAUCAAGAAACUGCUCAACGCGUAGUGAUUGAAACCCGCAUUACAGAGUCA